GAGGGAAAGAAAUAGAUGCAGCAGUGGCGGAGGUUGAAUAGAAGUGUCUGGAAUCCAAUCCGAAGUGGUUUGGUGUUUGCGCGUUCACUCCUCUCUCCUCCCCUCCUGCAAUUACCCAAGCGAUCUCUCUCUCUCUCUCUCUCUCUGUUUCAUAUCAUGAAACGCUCAAACGACGACGUCGCUGCCCCCGUCCCCGCCUCAACCUCCAAGCCAGUGUUCCUAACCAAAGCCCAACGCGAGCAAUUGGCUCUCCAGCGCCGCCAGGAAGAAGUCGCCGACCAGAAGCGCCGCCAGGAGCAGCUCCUCUCCCGCAACCACUCCUCCGAUCCCAAACCCUCCUCCGACCGCGACAGAGACAGAGAAAGAGACCGAGACCACCACCGAGACCGGGACCGCGAUCGUGACAGAGACAGAGAACGCGAGCGCGAGAGGGCCCGCGAUCGGGAUCGCGAAGCCGAACGGCGCAACAGAGAGAGGGAGCGCGAAGAGGAGAGCCGGGCCCGCGAACGCGCCCGGUUGGAGAAACUCGCGGAGCGUGAGCGCGAGAAGGAGCUUGAGUCCAUCAAGGAGCAGUACCUGGGCUCGAAAAAGCCGAAGAAGCGCGUCAUCAAGCCCAGCGAGAAGUUCCGUUUCUCCUUCGACUGGGAGAACACCGAGGACACCUCGCGCGACAUGAACUCCCUUUACCAGAACCCGCACGAGGCCCAGCUCCUCUUCGGCCGCGGGUUCCGCGCGGGCAUGGACCGCCGCGAGCAGAAGAAGCUCGCCGCCAAGAACGAGAAGGACAUGCGAGACCAAAUCCGGAAGAAAGACGGCCUGGAGGAGAGGCCCGAGGAGGCCGACGCCCAGCGCCGCAAGGAGGCUGCCGCCGACCUAUACGACACCUUCGACAUGCGCGUUGACCGGCACUGGAGCGAGAAGAAGCUGGAAGAGAUGACAGAGAGGGAUUGGCGUAUCUUCAGAGAAGACUAUAACAUCUCCUACAAGGGUUCCAAGAUUCCUCGUCCUAUGAGGAGCUGGAAUGAGAGCAAAUUGACCAACGAGCUUCUGAAGGCGGUUGAGAAGGCUGGCUAUAAAACCCCUUCUCCUAUUCAGAUGGCUGCCAUUCCACUUGGUUUGCAGCAGCGUGAUGUCAUUGGCAUUGCCGAGACCGGUUCCGGUAAAACCGCCGCCUUUGUGCUUCCCAUGCUGAGUUACAUCACCCGCCUUCCUCCCAUAAGCGAAGACAACGAGGCUGAGGGUCCCUAUGCUGUUGUCAUGGCCCCCACUCGCGAGCUCGCGCAGCAGAUUGAGGAUGAGACUGUCAAGUUUGCUCAGUAUUUGGGCAUCAAGGUCGUCUCCAUUGUUGGUGGACAGUCCAUUGAGGAGCAAGGGUUUAAGAUUAGGCAGGGCUGUGAGAUUGUCAUUGCCACUCCUGGACGUUUGAUUGAUUGUUUGGAGCGCCGCUAUGCUGUGCUCAACCAGUGCAACUAUGUUGUUCUUGAUGAGGCCGAUCGUAUGAUUGACAUGGGGUUUGAGCCCCAGGUGAUGGGUGUCCUCGAUGCCAUGCCUUCCAGCAAUCUCAAACCGGAGAAUGAGGAUGAGGAGCUUGACGAGAAGAAGAUUUACCGCACCACCUAUAUGUUCAGCGCCACCAUGCCACCUGCUGUGGAGAGGCUUGCUAGGAAAUAUUUGAGGAACCCUGUUGUGGUCACCAUUGGCACUGCUGGAAAGGCAACUGAUUUGAUCAGCCAGCAUGUGAUCAUGAUGAAGGAGGCCGAGAAGUUUUCCAAGCUUCAUAGGUUGCUUGAUGAGCUUAACGACAAGACUGCAAUUGUGUUUGUUAACACCAAGAAGAAUGCGGAUCAUGUUGCCAAGAAUUUGGAUAAGGAUGGGUAUCGCGUGACUACUUUGCACGGAGGGAAGUCGCAGGAGCAGAGGGAGAUCAGUCUUGAAGGGUUUAGGACCAAGAGAUAUAAUGUUCUUGUUGCUACUGAUGUUGCUGGACGUGGGAUUGACAUACCUGAUGUGGCUCAUGUCAUCAACUAUGAUAUGCCUGGGAAUAUUGAAAUGUACACUCACCGGAUUGGGCGUACUGGUCGUGCAGGAAAGACGGGUGUGGCUACCACAUUCUUGACUCUUCACGACUCUGAUGUCUUCUAUGACCUCAAGCAGAUGCUUAUUCAAAGUAACAGUCCUGUUCCACCUGAACUGGCAAGGCACGAAGCUUCAAAAUUCAAGCCAGGAACUAUUCCAGACAGACCACCUAGACGAAAUGACACUGUUUUUGCGCAUUAGACAGAUUUUUUUUUUGAGCUAGCCACUUCUUUAGAAGGCAUCAACUAUUCAACUUUGCAGGUCAUAUCAAGUUUUCUGGUGUAAUGAACAUUUUGCCAGUGAGGCCCUAGCAGCCUAAUCUGCUUCUUGUGGUUAUAUGGUCCUGUAUAAAAUUUAAUUACAGCAGCUCUUCUAUUCUGGUAUUGUUCGUUGUCCUUGCUUGUAUUCUUCUUAGCUAGAGUUACUACUAUUCUGCUUAUUAAUUAUUUCUAACAGGAAUUGAUAGUUGUAGAUGAGGAUAUUUGAUUAAUUUUGUCAUUUGGCUUUGAGGUUUCUCAUCUUAUGCUACAAUGAUUGUCUUUUCUGAUUA